CCCUCCCUCCCCUGCCCCCAGUGAGCAUGGCUGUUCUAGGACGGGGGGUGUCUGUAUUAGUCCCAAGGUCCACCGCAUCGGUGUCCCCCUGACAGAAUGGGACCCAGAAGCUAGUUGCAGGUUGGACUUGACUGCUCAGUUCAUUCCCCAGAACAGCUCGGAAGGAAAGAUCUAAUGCCCGGCCUCUCUCCGCAGCCAUGUCUGAGCUCAGUGACGAGGCCAGCGAGCCAGAGCUGCUGAACUGCAGCCUGUCCAUGUGGCAUGGGUCAGGGGCCCAGGUCAGCCGGGAGGAGCUGGACGUGCCCCUGGAUCUUCACACGGCUGCGUCCAUCGGCCAGUAUGAGGUGGUGAAGGAGUGUGUGCAGAGGGGAGAGUUAGAUUUGAAUAAGAAGAAUGGUGGUGGCUGGACUGCAUUGAUGUAUGCCUCCUACAUUGGACACGAUACCAUUGUGCACCUGCUGCUUGAAGCAGGGGUGAGUGUGAAUGUGCCAACCCCGGAAGGGCAGACUCCACUGAUGCUGGCCUCCAGCUGUGGCAACGAGAGCAUCGCCUACUUUCUCCUCCAGCAAGGGGCGGAGCUCGAGAUGAAAGAUAUUCAGGGCUGGACUGCUCUCUUCCACUGCACCAGUGCUGGGCACCAGCAGAUGGUCAAGUUCCUCUUGGAUAAUGGAGCGAAUGCCAAUGUCAGGGAGCCUGUGUGCGGACUCACCCCUUUGAUGGAAGCCGCUGCUGCGGGCCAUGAGAUCAUUGUGCAGUAUUUUCUGAAUCACGGAGUCCAACUGGACACAAGAGACCACAAUGGAGCCACAGCCCGCAUGCUUGCCCGGCAGAAUGGGCAUAUGAAGAUUGUGGCCUUGAUGGACACUCACUCGUCUGCUCUACCCAAGAGCCUCUACCGGAGCCCAGAGAAAUAUGAAGAUCUGAGCUCUUCGGAUGAAUCCUGCACCAUUCCUCAGCGGCAGCGGCCUUCCCGUAGGAAAGGCCUCAGCAUCCAUGAGGGCCCGCGGGCCUUGGCUCAGAUCACGGCCAUCGGCCUGGGUGGCAGGGCCCCACAGCCCCGCCAUGAGCAGGGGCCUCCCCAGGGCUAUCUUACCUUCUCCAGCGGCGGGGAGAACCCCCCAGAGGGGGAGGGCCUUUGCUACCGGGACGUCACCUCCCCCAUCAACGACCGGGAUGUGGAGAGCAGCAGCAGCAGCAGCCGAGAGGAGCAGGCGUUCUGUGCCCAGCUUGGGGCCAUGCGCAGCAGCAGCAGCAGCAGCGAGGGCCUGAGAGCCCCAGGACUCAGCAGUGAAGCCUCCCUGGAGAGCAAUGAGGAUUCAGACCAUGCACAGCAGAGCUUGGCUCGCAAACAAACUAAGAGCCACAUCAAGACUAAGAGUCGCUACAGUAAUAGCGACAGUUACUGGACUUCCAGCAUGGGGACUGCCGGGGCCACCUGUUCCCCAGGACUGACCCCACACAUGGAGAGGGCACCUCACUCAGGACAGCAGGACCUGGCCUCGCUGCUGGAGCAGAUCGGCUGCCUCAAGUACCUGCGGCUGUUUGAGGAGCAAGAUGUGGACCUGCGCAUCUUCCUCACCCUCACUGAGAGUGACCUGAAGGAGAUUGGUGUCACGCUGUUUGGACCUAAAAGGAAGAUGACCUCUGCCAUUGCCCGCUGGCACAGCAGCGCACGCCCCCCCAGCGACGCCCUGGAGCUGGCCUAUGCUGACCGACUGGAAGCUGAGAUGCAGGAACUCGCCAUCCAGCUACAUAAGCGCUGCGAGGAGGUGGAGGCCAUGCGGGGCCAGGUGUCCCAGGAGCAGGAGCUGCGGGCUGUGGUGGAGAGCUGCCUGCUUGAGCAGGACAGUGCCCGCAAGGACAUGCAUGCCCGACUGCAGGAGACCUGGGCACUGGCCCACGACGCUGCCCUCAUCCUAGACCAGCUGCGAGCUUGUCAGGACGAGCUGUCAGGCCGUGUGAGGCAGGAGCAGACUCCAAGCAAGGUCCCCCUGGGACCAGCCCUCCCUGCUGCUGAGUCCAAGGGCUGGCGAACCUCCCUACAGGCCCUGAGCCUUCCUGAACUGGCGGGAGUUUUGGAGGACCGUGUGCGCGAAAUGGGGCACGUGCUGUAUUCUGUGACCCAGAGUCUGGAGAAGCUGCAGGUGCUUAACGGGAAGGAGACGUAGCGAGAGCCAGGAGGGCCGAACUGACGUCGGGUGACCAAUCCACCCUGAAGUUGUGCCAAGAGACAGCAGGCCAGGGAACAGGGGCUGCCAAGCCCAGGCCGCAAGCAGGGCCAGAGCACCAGACCGAGGAGCAGCAGAUGGAGGCAGGCCGAGGGCGGCGGCCCCUGCCCGGGGCAGCUCGGGCGUCAUGAGGCAAGAUGGGGCCACUCACCCAGCACUUGGUGGUAAGGCCCGAAACAGCAGGCCUUGGGAGAGACAGCAUGUCUCGGCACACGCACACCUCACAGUGAGGUCUGACCUGGGGGUGAGGUACAGCUGGGGCAUCCAGAGGAAACCCAUCAGUUGGAAAAUAAAGUUAACAUCGUUGG